AUGUCAAAUAUUGAUAAUAAUGGUACUACAGUAGGUUCUGUAUCAUCAUUAUCAUCUUCUAUCUCAUCAUCAUCCUCAAUAUCAUUAUCAGAAUGUUCAAUUGAUUUUGAUCUUGAGUAUGGGAAUGAACAUAACCAUAUUAAACAUUAUAUUAAACGAAAAAUAGCAAAAGCUUCUAGUACAUUAUGUUUAAGUGAAAAAAGUAGUGAUGUUUGUGUUCAUGUUUUUAUAAAAGGCCCUGAUCAAAUUUUAGCUGAUCAUCUUUCAGCUCAUGCUGGAGGUACACCAAGAGCUAUAGAUGAUGGAUUUGACUCAAUGAAUGAAGUAAUGUCAUUAAAAGGUAAUUCAUCAUCUAUGAAUGAUGUUGGAGGAAUUACAUUUCAAGAUCCAGUUAUAAGAAUUUUAUGGAAUGAAUCAAUUGAAGUUUCUGAAUUAAAUCAAGAUAUGGUUUUACAAUUUCGAUCACUUUAUCGUCAAUUAGGUAUUGAUGCUAUCUCACCAUCUGUACUUCAUCGUUUCAAUGUUCGAGUACAUCUAGAUAAUUAUGAUCAACCAGCUAUAUUAUAUCCUAGAUAUCGUGGACCAACUAAUCGUUCACGUCCACCAAUGGGUAUGAAAGUUAUUAGACGUUUAACAGAUGGUAAAUUAGAAAAAGAAAAUUUUCCUGAAACAGAUAUUGAUGGAAAAAAAAAAUUUUCUGGAAUAUUUGGUUAUCAUUUAGGAUCACAAUCUGAUAGAACUAUAUGUAUAACAACAAAUGAACGUGAUGCACUAGCUGUUUAUGAUGCAACUGGAGGAAUGUUAGUUAUAUCAUUACCACAAGGUGAAAAAAUGGAUUAUUCUGUUCUUCCAUAUCUUGAAGAUUUUGAAAAUAUUUAUAUUUGGUUUCCAAAAAAUCAUCAAGGUUUUGCUAAAGAUUAUGCUAUUACUUUAAAUGCCUCCAGAUGUUAUGUUGUUCUUGCUCCAGAAAGACCAAUUGAAUUAAUAAGAGAUGGAAAAAACAAAGAAAUUGAAUAUGCUAUUCGUGAUGUUUCAUUACGUGUUCGAAGUAGGGCUUUCAAAUCAUUGGUUGAUAUUAGAGAAGAAGUUAAAGCUGAAGUAUAUAAUAAUAAUACUUCAAGAAUGUCUGGAUUUGGAAAAUGGAAACGUUUUGAUAUUUUAAAUAAUUAUCUUGGAGGUCUUCGUCCAGGUGAAAUUACACUUUUAACUGGUGGAAGUGGUUAUGGUAAAACAACAUUUCUUUGUGAAUAUUCAUUAGAUUUAUUUACACAAGGUGUACGAACUUUAUUUUGUAGUUUUGAUCUUAUUGAAGAAAAAAUUGCAAAAUGGAUGCUUAUUCAAUAUGCUUCACCUGCUCAUAUUCGUAGUUUGGCACGUACUAAAACUUAUCAUAAUGGAGUAAAACUUCCAUUAUAUCGUGUUGAACAUCAUCCAUCUGUAGAAUUAUGGUUGGAUAAAUUUGAAAAGAAACAAACUGAUUUUAUAUUAUUAAAAUGUGAAGAGUUUAAAAAUAAAACAAUAAUUGAAAUAUAUAAUAUUUUAGAAAAAAAUAUUGUCCAAUAUGGUGUUCAACAUAUUGUUGUUGAUAAUAUUCAAUUUCUAGUUGGAUUGUGUUCAUUGGGAAAUGACAAAAUUACACCAAUAGAACGAAAUAAUCUUCAAGAUAGAUUUGUAUCAUUACUUCGUAAUCUUUCAAUUGAUUAUGGUAUUCAUGUAACAAUAGUAUUAUCCCCAAGACGUACUACUGGUGAUUAUUCAAUUGAUCUUCAAGAUGUUACUUCAAAUAGUAAGAUAACACAAGAAGCUGAUAAUAUUAUGGUUAUUAGUAGAAAACAAAAUGAAGAAGAUUCUAAAAGAACUAAAAAAUAUCUUAUUAUUUUAAAAAAUCGUUUUGGAGGAAAAAGAACUGCUGAACAACAAAUAGAAAUGAUAUAUCAAUUGGCUACAUAUACUCAUAUUUUGGUUGAUCACAGUAAAUCAAUUUAA